AUGGUCGUGGACACCUGUGUACUGAAGAGUCUACCAGGUGAACCAAUGCUGCAGCGGUCCCUAAGUAUUAAUCCUGAGGCCUCGCGCUUUCCCAGGGCCUUCCUCCCCACAGGGCCCCGGGUGCUCACACGUGUCCUGGAUUCGGCUCCUCCCCGGGGCCUGGCUCUCCGCCCGCCCGGCAGGGAUCUGGCAGCCCCGCCUCUGACCGCCCAGUUGGGCCAAGGCGAGGCCGCUGGGAUGGGCCGCCGGCCAGACGCCUGCUCAAGCCACCCCCGCGCGGCUGCUCUGGGCCAAGGGCCGGGACGCCAGCGUCCAAUCCUACUCCGGCCCCGGCGUCUCGCCCCGACCCGGGCAGCUGCGCGCAGCCAAGGCUGGCGUCGCAGCGCGCGCUUGCGUACUUGCUCCCGCGCGGCCUGGCUGCGCAGAGCCCGCGGUCUCCAUGGCAACCGGUGGUUACCUGCGAGCGCGUUAGCCGUGCUAUUGGACCUGGGUAGCCUGCUUUUGGGAAGGGAUCAUGGCAUCCUGGAUAAUUUUUUGGAUUCUCAAGGCAGCUCAGGUGUGCACCAGCCAGCAUACUGCUGCCUCAGAGAGCUGGGCAAGGUGCAGUUCAGCGUCCAGGAAAUCGCACUUUUGGAGCAUGGGUGCAAAGCCCUCGAGGUGGACAGUUCCAAGUCCCUGAUGAUCCUCGGUAUCCCGGAAGACUACAAUCAUGAGGAAUUCGAAGAGAUCAUACGGGCCCCCCUAAAACCUCUGGGCAAGUUUGAAGUGGCUGGGAAGGCCUUUCUGGAAGAAGAGAGAUCCAAGGCAGCCAUCAUCAGGCUGGCGGAGGACGUCAAUUAUGCCGUGAUGCCCAGGGAGAUCCAGGGCAAGGGUGACUGGUGGAGAGCGGUCUAUCUGCCCCAGAAGCAGGAUAUUGAAUCCCUGACCAAGCUGAACUUCUUCCUGCAGAGCGACGGCAGGACGGUGGAGGAUGUGGCCUGGGUCUUGAGGCAGGAACUGUUGACAGUGACGGGCCUCAGAGAGCUGCCUGCCAGAAAGUGUGGGGCUCGCCUGGGGGAGACGCCAGGGGCUGGGACCACCGCCGCGGUGGACCGGUUGCCACCUCUGGACUUCACUGGUAAGGAGAGCAAGGCUGGUGAUGGCAAGAAAGACAACUGGAAGCACAAGAAAAACCAACAACGGCACCAUGCAUAUGACAAGAAGUUGUGAGGUGACGUGGGUUGAGCGUGGGGAUGGCUGAGUGAAGAACUUUUUGGAUUUCAGAAGAGGAG